ACACGGAACGAGGAGCGAGGGUGAGCAGAGGCUGGGUGGCAUACGUGCGAAUGCGAAGCCGCCUGGGUCCGUCCGCCUCUGUUCGGAACGUGGACGACGGCCUGUUUUCGACAGCGAUACGCCACGUCUCACAACUGCCAUCGCCCUGCGACCACAGAGCAGCCUCGUACGGCAGUUAUAAACCACAGGUACGCGCUGGCAGCCCGACGCUGCUCUCACAAACACAUCGCAGCAUCGACGCUUCGACGCGAUGCAGGGAAGAUCCGAACGUCGCAAGAGACGACCUGCGCGGACACGAGCAUCAAGGCCAAGACGUUCUGCGAUGGCCCAGAGCCGACCUUCUGCGGCGCGAAUGCAUCAGGACCGUUACUUUGCCUGUGAUGUAUGGAUCACGCCCACAGAGGAAGCCCGAGUCGUCGGGAUGAACAGAGCAUCAGGGCGAGAGCUCUCACGCCAUUGUGAGUUCUCAGUUCACCCAUGCAAUAGAUGCACAUUCCCGUUGAGGUUCGAACGUGCGACGUUAUGUCUCUCCCGCGGGCGGCCGCUCUUGACGUGUGGUGGGCGAAGCGGCUCCCAUGUACGCGGCCUGGGCGAUUUACGUUACGUCUCCAUUUCUUAUGGUGUUACAGAACUACUGUACAUGUUGAAUACACUGCAUGGCGGUCCGGGUGUGAUGGUCAGACACGUGAGAUUGGGAUGGAUGUGGAAGGUACGGAUCGCGAUCCGUGAGUGGGGAGCGAUGGCACAGCGCAGAUCGAGAGGGGCGAGCACGUCGGAUGACGAGACUGCAUGUAUCGCAGAAGUAUACUCUGGCUGGCCGCCACAUAUUCAUCCGUCACACAGGUCGUACUGUGCAGAAUGCAGACUUGACUACGCUGGAACCGAAAGGCUUCUCAUUGCCUGUAAGUAGUGAUUGGGACAGCACCUGCCUAACAUUUACAGUAGAUAUUCAAUCGUUCC